AUGACCAUCCAAGUCUCGACCACUCCGGGCAGCCUAGCCACCGAGCAGCUGCGCGACUUCUUCGACCGUCUCGCCGCAGGAGACUACCACAGCCUCGCCAAAGAGCUCCAUAUUACUGGCAGACCCAUUCAACAACCGGCCGCCGUCCUCAACAACUCCCACCGCGACACGGACAGCGGUGGUUCGGUCGACACCCCCGACCCGAACGCGUCCAUACAGUCCAUCGACUCUGUCGACUCGUUCAAAUUCAAACCAACAGCCGAUGGCCUCCACCGCGCCGUCUCGCUCAUCCGCGGAGACGCACCUCAACAGGGUGCGGCGACCCCCGAAGAGGAGGACGAGGCGUUCGAAUUCACAUUCCGGCUCAUGCUCCACAAGCUGUACUCUAUCAAGGACUUCGCGAAGAUGGUCGACGACGUCGUGCGCUCCUCACGCGAGAACUACCAGCCGCUCUCUCCUGCGCUCCUCUCCCGCGGCAGCGGUAGGCGGCCGUCGGUGUCGUUCGCCUUUGCGUGCGGCGAGGACGCAUACGGGGAUGGGGACUCGUUCGCAAUUCUAGGAUCGCCAGCGUCUCCGUCCGAGGCGAGCUCGAUAUUCCCGUCGUCGGAUUCUUCGUGGACGCUCGAUCGUGUCUCGAGCCCGCCGUUCGAGGACGAGUCCGAUGCUCGGGCUGUUAAGAAGAGGAUCGUCGGCAGGAAGCUCUCGGUGGUUGACGGCUCCAUGGACGAAGAGAACCACGGGCCGGCGUGGGUGUACGACUCCGCAGUUGCAUCCGUCGACUCGCCUGUGCCCCGUUACGAGUCGUCCUUCUCGCGCGGGAGGGAAUCUCCGUCUGGCCUCGACUAUCCGGAAACCGUCGACGGAAUGGGGUAUGGUUCGCGCAAGCGGCGGUUCUCAUUCCUUGCCGCGCGGGCAUUGUAA